AAGCAGAACAAAACUGAUCCUACCCUUCAGCUGUGCUGCCUCUGUUGCAUUUCUCAUGCCACCACUCUCACCGGUGACAGCAUCAGUGAGUUAAGCCACGAUUAUGUGUUUGUGACACCUGUCAAAGUGGAUUCCAGUGGAUCAUACAUUUCACAUGAUGUUUUGCACAGUACUAGGAAAAAGAGAUCAACUCAAAGUUCAAAGAGUUCCUUGCACUACAAAUUUUCAGCAUUUGGACAGGAACUUCAUUUAGAACUUAAACCUUCGACCAUUUUAAGCAACAGUUUUAUUGUCCAGGUACUUGGGAAAGAUGGAGUCGCGGAUUCUCAGGAACAUGAAGUUGAGCAGUGCUUCUAUCAGGGAUUUAUAAGGAACGAUAGCACCUCUUCGGUAGCAAUAUCUACAUGUGUAGGCUUGGUAAGUGUUUCUGUUUAUUUCACUUUGAAUUGUUACUUUAAGCUAUCAGGUUUAAUAAGGACACAGAAGAUCGAAUUCCUUAUAUCUCCAUUACCUCAGCAGCUAGCAAAGGAGCACAACUACACAGCACCUCCCGGACACCAUCCACACGUGCUAUAUAAACGAACAGCAGAAGAGAAGGUGCAUCAAUACACAGUAGAGUCCAGUCCCAAAUACUUUUCCCUUCGUCAUCACAGAAUUCACUCUUCCCACAAGUCUCAUGCUCAAGCAAAUGGUUACCACCAUGGAAGGUUUCAAAAGCAACAUUUUUGUGGACGUCGCAAGAAAUAUGCACCUAAACCACCCACAGAAGAGACAUACAUUCGCUCAGAUGAAUAUGGGACUUCUCCAAGGUUCAAAAGAUCAUCUGCUAAAAUCCAGAAAAAUGGGAGUCUAAAUGUUGAAACCCUUGUUGUGGCAGAUAAAAAAAUGCUGGAGAAACAUGGCAAGGAAAAUGUAACUACUUAUAUCUUAACAGUUAUGAAUAUGGUUUCCAGUCUGUUUAAAGAUGGAACAAUUGGAAGUGACAUAAAUAUUAUCGUUGUGAGCCUUCUUCUUUUGGAACAAGAGCCUGGUGGAUUAUUGAUUAACCACCAUGCGGACCAGUCUCUGAACAGCUUUUGUCAAUGGCAGUCUGCUCUGGUUGGGAAGAACGGGAAGCGUCACGACCAUGCCAUCUUGCUUACGGGCUUUGAUAUCUGCUCUUGGAAAAACGAGCCCUGUGAUACUUUAGGAUUUGCCCCUAUCAGUGGUAUGUGCAGUAAGUACCGUAGCUGCACCAUCAAUGAAGAUACAGGCCUUGGACUGGCUUUUACUAUUGCUCAUGAAUCUGGACACAACUUUGGUAUGAUUCAUGAUGGAGAAGGAAAUCCUUGUAGAAAAGCUGAGGGUAAUAUUAUGUCUCCCACCCUCACAGGAAACAAUGGAGUGUUUUCUUGGUCCGUGUGCAGCAGGCAGUAUCUCAACAAGUUUCUCAGUACAGCUCAAGCUGCUUGCCUGAUGGAUGAACCUAAGCAAACAGGACAGUAUAAAUACCCUGACAAGCUGCCAGGGCAGAUCUAUGAUGCUGAUACCCAGUGCAAAUGGCAAUUUGGAAUGAAAGCAAAACUGUGCAACCUCAGCUUUGUAAAGGAUAUUUGCAAGUCUCUCUGGUGUCACAAAGUGGGUCAUAGAUGUGAGACAAAGUUCAUGCCAGCAGCAGAAGGAACACCUUGUGGCAUAAAUAUGUGGUGUCGAAGAGGACAGUGUGUCAAAUAUGGUGAACACGGACCCAAGCCUGUCAAUGGCCAGUGGUCGGCCUGGUCGGAGUGGUCCGAGUGCUCUCGCACUUGUGGAGGUGGGGUCACCUAUCAGGAGAGACACUGCAAUAAUCCAAAGCCACAGUAUGGCGGCAAAUUCUGUCAAGGCUCCAGUCGUAUUUAUCAGCUUUGCAACUAUCAGCCCUGUCCACCCAACAGCCCCGACUUCCGUGCCCAGCAGUGCGCAGAGUACAACAGCAAACCCUUCCGGGGCUGGUACUACAAGUGGAAGCCAUACACUAAAGUGGAAGAGGAAGACAGAUGUAAAUUGUACUGCACAGCUGAAGACUUUGACUUCUUCUUUGCAAUGUCCAGCAAAGUGAAGGAUGGAACGCUGUGUUCCCCAAACAAAUAUGAUGUUUGCAUUGAUGGAAUUUGUGAACAAGUAGGGUGUGAUCAUGGACUUGGUUCCAAAGCUGUAUUGGAUGCUUGUGGAGUUUGUAAAGGAGAUAAUUCAACAUGCAAGUUCUUUAAAGGCCAAUACUUGAUCCAGCACAAAGCUAAUGACUACUAUGCAGUGGUGACGGUUCCGGCAGGAGCGCGCAGCAUCCAGCUCCACGAAAUGCAGAUCUCGAGCAGCUACCUCGCGGUUCGCAGCCUCAGUAAGCGGUAUUACCUGACGGGAGACUGGACAAUUGACUGGCCAGGAAAGUUCUCUUUUGCUGGAACCGUUUUUGAUUAUCAACGCUCCUUCAACCAUCCGGAGAGUCUGUAUGCAGCAGGACCGACUAAUGAGACGCUGGUCUUUGAAAUCCUGUUACAAGGCAAAAAUCCUGGGAUUGCUUGGGAAUACACCUUUUCCAAAAGCCCCCAGGAGAACAAGACUUCAGUGAGGAGACGCAGCCACUCGUGGGUGACGGUGCAGUCCGCGUGCUCGGCUACCUGCGGCGGGGGACGCAUUACGUCAAAAGCAAUUUGUUUAGAAGAUCAUCGCACGCAAGUUAAUUCUUCCUUUUGCGGCCCAAGGACAAAGCCUUUAACUGAAACAAAACUCUGCAAUACCAAUCCCUGCCCAGCAUACUGGUUGGCAGGAGAAUGGAGCAUGUGCAGCAAAUCUUGUGGAGGAGGGCAGCAGAGCCGCCUCAUUCAGUGUGUCCAGAAGAAGACUUUCCAAAGAGAGGAGGUGGUGGCCCAUUCCCUGUGUCCUGUGAGCACCCCUACCCAAGUGCAGGUGUGCAAUAACCAGGACUGCCCACCUGAGUGGAGCCCUGGACUGUGGUCUCAGUGCUCCAAGACUUGUGGGAGAGGUGUUAAGAAACGGGAUGUCUACUGCAAAAGUACCAGUCCUCCUAAGCAGAAAAUCUUGCCCGAGAGCAUGUGCAGCAAAGAGCAGAAACCCGAAUCCCAGCAGCCCUGCGUGUUAGGACGGUGCCCCAAAAACGACCGGCUCCAGUGGGCGGUUUCUUCUUGGGGUGAGUGUUCAGCCUCUUGUGGCCCAGGUGUGCACAAGCGAGAGCUGAAAUGUGGUGAGAAGAGCAUUCAUGGGAAACUGAUCACCUUUCCUCCAAGAAGGUGUAGGAACAUCAAGAAACCAAAUAUAGACCUGGAAGAAGCUUGCAACAAUGGGCCCUGUCCAGUGCACACCGUGUAUAACACGAUGUCUGGCUGGUAUUCCUCCCCUUGGCAGCAGUGCACAGUGACAUGCGGCGGGGGAGUGCAGACCCGCAGUGUUCAGUGUCUGCGCCAGGGGAGACCGGCUGCUGGGUGCCUGCCCCAUCAGAAACCCGCAACGCUCAGGGCCUGCAACACCAACUUCUGCCCCGCUCCUGCCAAGAGAGAUGAUCCUUCUUGUGUGGAUUUCUUCACUUGGUGUCAUCUGGUACCCCAGCAUGGUGUCUGUAACCACAAAUUUUAUGGCAAGCAAUGUUGUAAAUCGUGCACGAAGAAGAAUUGACAGCAAAACGUUAUCUGAACCCUUCAGUGACAGGAGUCUCCUCUUCAAUUUAUGUUGGAAUUAACUUUGCUUUGAGGCAGGACAUGGUGCCGCAUAAACCACUGACAGAAGAGACAUAUUUUCCGAUGGAAUGUCUGAGGUACAGUAAUUGGUGCAUAAAUGCUGAAAAAGGAAUGUCUUAUUUUUUUCUUUAUUUGCUGACCUCACUAAAGUACAGGGUACUAUGGAUCACUUGAACACAGACUCAAGGGGCAGUUCUUCCUUCUUUACCAGCAUCAUUUGGCACUGCCACGUGUUAGGAGGAAGAAGCCAGGGCUGGCUAAUGCAGAAGACUGCCAAGCGAAGGAGACAACAGGCAGCUGCAGGAGUCAAGGUCCAGCGUGGCAGCAGGACAGACGGCACUACCAAAAGUGUUCCUGUUCACACCUUCUAUGCUAAUACCCUUCUGGAUAAGGAAGCUCUUUACUGCCACUUUUACAGGAAAGACAUUCAACGGGCUGGUUGGAGAAGGCAGUCACACGUGUGACCACAAGAAGUAAAUGGUGCACUAUGAAGAUAUAUGGUGCUUCUCUAUUAUACUUGCUGCUGGAAAAGCAAGUUUUGCAUCAUGCUGACAUUUUUAUUUUGAAGAAUUCACUUCCUGCUUUGUGUAGAAACUCAGAGGUGGUUAACUAGCAACUUGAAAUGUAUUCCUAGAAAUACUCAUCAUUAGAACAUUGGGACCUAAUAUUUCUGUGUGAUACAAGUAAAAUAGAGUUUCACCUUUCAAUUAACUUGAGGAACUCAGAUUUGUUGAGCUCAGUGGUUAUGUUUGCAACUUCCUAAGCUCAUUAGAUAUAACAGUAAAACUUAAACUUGACAUUUUAAAGAAGCAGGGUUUUUUCCCCCUCAAAAGGUAAGUUUGAAUGCCACGUAACUGAAUA